ACCAGAACGCAGAAGGAGCUGGAAGGAGCUUCGGGGCCGCGGAGAUCGUCCCUCGAAUAUUUUGCACGACAAUUUUCAAUCCGAUGUGGAUUUUCCUCAGGGCACGCACACCGAUAGAAGAUCACCUUUGACUUCCCUGAUUUGUGAUAUGUGGCUUUCUUUAAAAUACCAAACAUGACGGAGGACAUGUUGGGCGCGGACAUCUGCAGGGUCUGUCGAUCCGAGGGCCUCGCCGACAGACCCCUGUUUCAUCCGUGCAUAUGUACAGGCAGCAUUAAAUGGAUACACCAGGAGUGCCUGGUCCAGUGGAUGCGCUACUCGCGCAAGGAGUAUUGCGAGCUCUGUGGCUACCGCUUUUCAUUCACACCUAUAUACAGCCCGGACAUGCCGCGACGUCUACCACUGAGAGACGUAGUAGGCGGCUUAUUUUCGAGCAUCGUCACCGCCGUCAAGUACUGGUUACAUUACACUCUGGUGGCAAUCGCGUGGCUAGGAGUAGUCCCUUUAACCGCGUGUCGCACAUAUAGAACUCUCUUCAGCGGACCGCUCGAUUUGGUUCGGAUAAUGUCGCUACCGACGGAUAUGCUCUCCACCGAAAAUAUAUCAUCGGACGUGUUCCAUGGCUGUUUCGUAGUUACUUGCACCUUAUUCGCGUUCAUCGGUCUAGUAUGGCUACGCGAGCAGAUUUUGCACGCGGGUGGUCCCGACUGGCUCGAGAGAGAUAUACAGUUGCCCCCGGUCGACAAUCCGCCACAAGCAAACGCACAACGACCGCAACAACCUCAGGAACAGCGUGCUAUGCCACAAGAAGUCCAGGACAACAACAAUGUCCCUCCCUUCAUUGAUCCACCUAUUCCGCAAGAAGGAGAGUUACAUAACGAAGAACAACGUCCCAUAUAUGUGGCAGAAAACCUGGCCAAUAAUCCACAAAUUGGCGAACCCGAGGAUCUAGCGAGAGAUAUACAGGCACCUGCUCCUCCCGCACCGCCCCUUCCAAUCAGAGACGAACUCGGCGUAGACGGUGGACAGGCGAAUGCCGUGGGUGGCGAGCGUUGGCCGAGAGGACACGCGGUAGGCGUGCAGGCACACGUGGUAGGACAGGCGCAGGGUGAAGCUGAGGAGGCUAAUUGGAAUCCUAUGGAGUGGGACAGGCCAGCUGAGGAAUUAACCUGGGAACGUCUCUUAGGAUUGGACGGAUCUCUUGUCUUUCUUGAACAUGUCUUCUGGGUUGUGUCCCUAAAUACUUUAUUUAUCAUGGUAUUUGCUUUCUGUCCGUAUCACAUCGGUCAUUUUACGAUAGCGGGAUUGGGCCUGCAGGAACACGCGGCCGCGUCGCACUUCGAAGGCCUGGUGACCACGCUGUGCGGUUACUGCGUGAUCGGAGUUUGUCUGGUGGUCCUCCACACUCUCGCCGCACUAUUAGGCUUUCAGCGCUCCCAGCGAAUCUUAGGACUCUGCUACGUUAUUGUCAAGGUGUCCUUGCUCUCUGUCGUGGAGAUCGGCGUACUUCCAUUAGUCUGCGGCUGGUGGUUGGACAUUUGCUCGUUGGCGAUGUUCGACGCUACGCUCAGAGAUAGAGAAUCUUCGUUCAGACUCGCUCCCGGCACAUCCAUGUUCAUCCACUGGCUGGUGGGGAUGAUUUACAUAUAUUAUUUUGCGUCGUUUAUACUUCUCUUACGUGAGGUUCUGCGGCCCGGAGUUCUCUGGUUUCUGCGAAAUCUGAACGAUCCCGAUUUCUCUCCUAUACAAGAAAUGAUACAUCUUCCCAUACUACGACACGUACGUCGACUAGUCGCAUCCGCAAUCAUAUUCGGCACGGCAAUUUUGCUGAUGUUGUGGCUGCCCGUGAAGAUCCUAAGAUGGGCCUGGCCAGGAUUUUUACCCUACACUGUGACCGUACAAAGCGAAGCUCAGGUCAGCGAGCUUUCGUUGGAGUUGCUUUUGUUGCAAGUGAUCCUUCCCGCGUUAUUGGAGCAAUCGCACACGCGCACAUGGCUGAGAGCCCUAGUGAGAGCGUGGUGCCGUGUGGUAGCGUGGAUGCUGGAUUUGCAGUCGUAUCUUCUGCGGGAUCAGGUGGACGAGCCGGGACCGGCGGUAAUUGAAGAACCACAACAUCCGGACUUGGGCGCCGCGCAUCAAGCGCUGUUGCACAGAGAGGGACCUACGGGAUUUCAACCUUAUGUCAGGCCGCGAUGGUUUCCCGCGAGAUUGGUCGGGCUUCUGUUCUGCGUUUGCGUGUCCCUCGUGAUCGCCAGUCUAGUCGCUAUGACGCUGCCCGUAUGGCUCGGACGCAGAGUGAUGGCAUUGUGGAUGGUAGGGGCACCCGCUCCGUCGCCGCCUGUGUUGCCGCCUACAUUAACCGGAUCUGACGGUGGCGAAACUGUGGGGUCUCUAUCUGGAAGGGUACACGAAGUGUAUACGAUAGCCUGCGGGACGUAUGUAUGUUGGGCCGCAGCUCGAGGUUUAGCAUUGGCGUUCUCCUGGUUGCCUCGCGGCCGAAGAGCCAUUAUAGACCGGAUCAAACACUGGGCGAUCUUGGCCGUGAAAGCCUCGGUGGCGUUUGUGUUGCUCGUCGGCGUUAUACCGCUCCUGUUCGGUCUUCUUCUUGAAUUAGUAGUAGUGGUCCCAUUGCGUGUCCCGUUAGAACAAAAUCCCAUCUUAUUUAUCUGGCAAGAUUGGGCCUUGGGCGUACUGUACACUAAGAUAGCUACCGCCAUAACGAUGAUGGGACCGGAUUGGCGAAUACGUCUCGCUAUCGAGCGAGCGUACAACGAAGGCAUAAGGGAAAUGGAUUUAAAGUUCGUCAUCAAGGAAUUAGCGGCUCCCGUUAUAUGUUGCUUCGGCCUCGCCCUUGCGGUUCCUUAUGCCGUGGCCUACGGAAUAGUUCCACUUCUCGUGACUAAUCUGCAGACCCAGAUCCUUAUCGCCAGACGUCUAUAUCCUUUUCUUCUUUUAGUAAAUCUGGUCUGCGCGGUGAUUUGCUUUCAGAUACGCCAGUUCAAGAAGCUGUACGAGCAUAUUAAGAACGACAAGUAUCUUGUGGGGCAAAGGCUCGUGAAUUAUGAGCAUCGUAACAGAUCGCAGACCCAGCAGCAUCAAUCGCAGAGAUCGAGCUAACGGUGUCAGUAGGCAUAAUAUUGUUACGGGCGGAAAACGGAUUAGGAUUAGCUUCGUGUACAUUCUUUAAUAAUUACUUACUGAUUGAUAAUUUAUAUUAUAUAUACAUGUGUAUGUAUGUAUAUAUAUAUAUAUAU